GGGUGUGUUGCGUUUUGUAUUGGUUUAUAGAUUUCUAGUUUGUUUUUUAUGAUGAUUUUUUUUCUAUUUCUUUAUCCUGUUAUCUAUUUAUUUAUCUUUGUUUGUUUGUUUGCUUGUAGGGUGUGUGUGUGUUUGUUUGUGUUCCUGAUAUUGCAGCUUGUUUUCUUGUUUUUUGUUUUUUUUAUUGUUCUUUUGUGUUUUGUUCCCUUUCAUUGUUCUGAGGUUGUUUUCAGGUGUUUUUGGGGUGUUUUGGGGUGUUUUUGGUGUGUUUUGGUGUAUUUCGGUGUGUUGUGAAGUGUUUUGGUGUGUUUUGGAGUAUUUUGGGGUGUUCUUGUGGUGUUGUGGAGGUGUUUUGGGACUUUUGGUGUGUUUUAAAGUGUUUUGGGAUGUUUUUGAAAUGUUUUGAUGUGUUUUGUGGUGUUUUGGGGUAUUUUGAGGGUGUUUUGGUGUGUUUUUGGAGUGUUUUGGGAUGUUUUUUGUGUGUUUUUGGGUAAUUUGGCUGUUGGUUUCACUGGGUCCAAGCAGUCUACCGAAGAGUAAAAACACUAGGUCUACAAAAUGCCUAUAGUAAUCAACUCGCUGUAAGACAAUUAAUUCAGCAGUUAAUGGCACUGCCAAACUAACCUCCAUCAGAGCCAGCUUUCCGCCAUAUCACCAGCCAGCCACUUCCUGAUCAACCAUUAAAAGAUCUCAUUACUUACUAUAAUAAAAUGUGGAUCAGGAAUGAGAUGUUUUGGUGUAUAUUGGGGUAUUUUAAGGGUGUUUAAAAGUGUUUGUGGAGUGUUUUGGGAUGUUUUUGUGUAUAUUGGGGUAUUUUAAGGGUGUUUAAAAGUGUUUGUGGAGUGUUUUGGGAUGUUUUUUGUGUAUAUUGGGGUAUUUUGAGGGUGUUUUGGUGUGUUUUGGAGUGUUUUGGGAUGUUUUUGUGUAUAUUGGGGUAUUUUGAGGGUGUUUAAAAGUGUUGUAGUGGUUGUGGUUGUGUUCUGGUUGUGGUUUAUUUUCUUAUGCAUUAUUUUAUUUCUUAUUUAUAUUGUGGUGUGUUAUCAGUGUAUCCUAACCUAACCUAACUAACCCUAACCUAACCUAACCUAACCUAACCUAACCUAACCUCCCCUUAACCCACAGGCACUGAUCAGCGUGGCAUUCAGCAUAGGCUUCACCGUCGGGCCAGCUGUACCCAGUACUUCCCGCUGGGGAAGUACUGGGUGGUUUGCGGCCUGGGUUGUCUACGCACUCACUCUCGCUGUGGCUAACAUAAUAUUCUUUGUUGUCUUCUUCCAGGAAUUGCUGCCUGAGGGCCUAAUGAUGAUGAUUCCUGCUUUCAUCCUCAUCGGGGCUAACGAGACCAACCUGGGGCUGUACUCUGGACUGACGCUGUAUGCCAUAGAGUCCAAUCCUGUUGUGUGAGUAUCCAUUCUUGUUCGACCCUCAGGCCAAGAUGCUGCUGCUCUGGUGUGACGCCACUCGUCAGGGCGAAUAUUUCCCAGACCACCCGGUCAUACGCACAUUCUGGGAAGUAUUUCACAAACUCUCCCUGGAGCAGAAGAAGUGGUUUUUGAAGUUCCUGACAGGCACGGACAGGGUUCAUAUUCUGGGCAUGAAGGCACUCAAGUUGAUAUAUAAUCCAAAGCACAGCAGACGACAGCUUCCUUCCGGUCGCACACACCUGCAUCGCCCAACUCAACCUGCCAAGAUACAACACCUCCUUCUGGUCGCACACACCUGCAUCGCCCAACUCGACCUGCCAAGAUACACAACACCAAAGAGAAGCUGAAAUACAAACUUCUCCAGGCCAGACAGCAGAGUGAAGGGUUCAGCCUGGUGUGAGGGGGUCAGGGGGUGUUGACGGGGUGUCAGGGGGUGUUGAAGGGUGUGGGGGGUCAGGGGGAGGCUGUGAGUUGGAUAAGAGUGACCUUGUGUGUGUGUGUGUGAGAGAGAGAGAGAGAGAGAGAGAGAGAGAGAGAGAGAGAGAGAGAGAGAGAGAGAGAGAGAGAGAGAGAGAGAGAGAGAGAGAGAGAGUUUUAAAAGUGAGAGGCUGUGAGGGGUUUGUCAACAUACUGUGGGGCUGUGAGAGAGAGAGAGAGAGAGAGAGAGAGAGAGAGAGAGAGAGAGAGAGAGAGAGAGAGAGAGAGAGAGAGAGAGAGAGAGAGAGAGAGAGAGAGAGAG